AUGGAGCAACCACAAAAAUUGGGCGGCAAUGAGAAUCGGUGUUUCGUUUUGAACAUCACCAAUUACAAUGGAAUUUGGCAAGGACAAAACCCUUUCGUCGAAGCUCUCCCUAUCUUCAUCACUCAACUCGCUGCCAUCUUAAUCGUCACUCGCUUCUUUUACCACCUUUUCAAACCCUUACAUCAACCUCGUAUCGUUUCUGAUAUUCUUGGUGGAAUAUUGUUAGGUCCAUCUGCAUUAGGGAAGAUAGUGUACUUCUCAGAUUUGUUUCCGAAAAGAAAUGUUGUUACAGUGGAAACCUUGGCAUACAUGGCCCUUUUUCUUCACAUGUUCUUAGUUGGCUUAGAGCUCGAUUUAACUGCCGUUGGUCGGAUAAGCAAAAAGGCCAAAAUCCUCACUAUAUCUGGCCUUCUCUUUCCCUUCGUCGUUGGGGUUGCCUUUUUUUAUUCAUGGCUUGAAUCCUUCGAUCAAUAUCGGAUUCAAGUUCACAAUAUUGGAUGUGGUUUUCUAUGGGCUGCCUCGUUAACCGUCACGAGUUUCCCGGCGAUUGGCCGGAUUCUAUGUGACCUCAAGCUACUCAACUCCGAAAUCGGUCGACUGACGAUGCCAAUCGCCCUCAUCAGCGACUUGGGUUCGUGGAUUCUUGUCGUUAUUUUGAUCCCAUUUUGUGAUAACCCUGCUAAUGCACUAUAUGUCAUCCUUGUGACAAUAGUCUACGUAGUGGCCUCUUUUUACCUCAUUCGUCCAUUCCUCGGAUGGAUGGUUCAUUUCACAUCCGAUGGCAACAACAACUAUAGUGAUUGCUACUUGUGUUUCGCCCUCGUCGGAGUUGUCUUAAGCGCGUUCACGACCGACAUUACCGGCACUCACCCCAUCGUCGGAUCGUUCGUCUUUGGGCUUAUCAUGCCCAAUGAUAUCGCGCUCGUCUUGAUGGACCGAUUUGGUUACUUCAUCUCGGGGCUUCUAAUGCCCGUUUUUUUCUCCGUCGCCGGGCUCCGAGUCGACAUCUUCAAGAUAACAAAGUGGAGCCUCGUGUUUGUAGUUGUACCAUUGCUUUUCACCGUUAAGAUCCUUAGUUUCCUACCGAUUUCACUUUUCACCAACAUUCACUCUAAAGAUAGCUUUGCUCUUGGCUUACUCAUGACCACCAAGGGGAUAUGGGCCAUUCUUGUUUGUAUCACUGCUUUGGACAAAGGGGUUUUGCAUGCUGGUGACUAUGCUGUGACAGUUAUUUCAAUUUUGUUAAUGAACAGCAUUAUUGCUCCCACCAUUGCUACCCUUUACAAGAGGACCAAUCUGUUCAUAAAAUACAAUAGCAGGACCAUUCAAGAAGCUAGGAACAAAACCGAACUUCGAAUCCUCGUAUGCAUCCAUUCAUAUUGCAACGUACCAGGGAUCUUAAAGCUCCUCGAAAUAUCGCACGGUUCCCGACACAAUCAAUUGACAGUGUUCGCGCUCCACCUCGUCGAUCUCGCCGACCAGCCAUCAUCCGUGCUCAUAGUGCACGACUCGCACAGCCCCCGGUUUGAAGAAACGAAAGCAAAUGGUGCGCACCAUGACUACGAUAGCUCCGAGACGGACCAAAUAGUCACCGCAUUCAAUGAAUUCGAGAAAACGAACGACAACGUAAGUGUCCAAUCGUUAACAACGCUGUCGCCUUUCACGGCAAUGCAUGGGGAUAUUUGUAGCUUAGCUGAAGACAAGUUCGUGGCACUCUUGAUAUUGCCGUUUCAUAAGCAUGCUACGACAGAACAGAGCCUCGAAGAGAUUAUCUCUUCAUUUCCUAACAUAAACCAAAAUGUGCUUGACAAUGCCCCAUGUUCGGUCGGAAUCUUCAUUGACCGUGGGUUCGAAGUGACCAACGGUUCGGAUCCUGACUACGGGGUACAUGAAAUAGCAAUGGUGUUCAUCGGCGGAGUCGACGAUUGUGAAGCUUUAUCUUAUGCAUGGAGGAUGGCGAGGAAGCCCGGUGUUCUCUUAACUGUUAUACGAUUAUUAGAAACCGAUUCCCGCGAUCAAAGGAAAUCAAAUGAACUCGACGACGAUUGCAUAAAUGAUUUCCGAAUACAAACAUCCAACGAUGAUUUCAUUAUAUACGAAGAAAAGAUUGUAAAUGAUGGGGAAGAACUUAUUGAGGCACUAAAAGAAAUGGAGAAUAAAUUUGAGCUAUUCAUUGUAGGGAGACGAGACGGGCUAGACUCGCCGAUAACAUCCGAGUUACUUGACAGGAUUGACUAUCUGGAGCUCGGUAUCAUCGGCGACUUGUUGGCGGCAUCGGAUUCCGAUACGAGCUCCAUCCUAGUGGUGCAACAAUUCGUUAAUUUGAUCGAUAACAAAGUGAUUGAAGAUUUGAUCGGGACACAAUGGUUGUCAAUGGACCGGACUGCAAUGAACUUCGGGAGCCGGCGAUUGUUGAUGGCGACUAGCAAUACGUUAUGGAUGUACUCGGAACAGAAACUGAAAGAGAUGCAUCAUGUUGAUGAAGGUGACGUUGACGACGGCGACGGCGUCAAUCCCUAG